AUGGUUAGACUCUUUAAUGGCAGUUCUAAUGUGGAUGAACACUGCGGCGAGUGGGCUGUGAAGAUCUCAUUGGUUCUCUUCUUGCUAAGUAUGAUCUUUUCAUCAAUUCGUGCUCUAUCAAUGGCCUUAUUUGCCUGCGGUUCGCAGCAGCGGUGGCGGAAGCAGCACCUUGCGGCGAUCUUUGUAACGGCGAUCAUCGUCUUCAACUGCGGCCAUCAUAACAGCCAUGGGGGAUCCGAAGGGAAGAACAAUGUCGUGUAUUACGGUGGUGGCGGUGGCGGUGACGUUGACACGAAGAAGUUUCACAAAAACCACAAUGCCGGUGUUGGCCUUGCGGUCGGAGUGGGCGCCGGUUUGGCUGCAGGAAUUGUGAUCGAGGAAGCGAUCAGUGCUGUGGAAAGUGGCCGAGGGAGUGGCAGUGACAGCAGUCACAGCAGCGGCGGUGGCGGCAGCACUGGCGGCUGUGGUGGUGGAUAUGAUGGUGGCAACGGCGACGGCGGUGGAUGUGGAGGCGGCGGUGGAUGUGGCAGCGGCGGAGGAUGUGGUGGUUGA